AUGCUGGGGUGCCCCUGUUUGUCUUAUCUACGUCUGGCUCACCAUGCCCAACUGCGCCCCUCCCCACCUCUCGUUCCCACAUGCUCCCUUCCUCCCCUCCUCCCCAUCCCCCUCCCUUCCCGCCAACCCCCCCCUCUCCCCCCCCCGCCCCACCAGGCACACUAUGAGGCGUCGUGUGCGGCGCUGCUGCACCUGCUGGCGUUCAGCGCGCCACCAGCGCUGGCGUCGCUGCGGCAGGCAGCGGUGCGCGUGUGUGCGCGCAUGGCCACUGUGGGGGGGCGGUGGUGGCGGGAGAGUGUCACGGGGGCCAUGCUGCUCGCCCUCUCCGCCUAUGUUGAUGCCCCCGGUGAGGCCAGUGUCGGGAGGUUGGGCCAGCUGGGACAGGGUGUGGGAGGUGUGGGAGGGGUGGGAGGGGUGGGGGGUGUGGGAGGGGUGAGGGGUGUGGGGUGUGUGGGGGGUGUGGGAGGUGUGGGGGUUGUGGGGGGUGUGGGAGGUGUGGGGGUUGUGGGGGUGUGGGAGUGGUGUGGGGGAUGUGGGGAUGUGGGGGUGUGGGAGGUGUGGGGGAUGUGGGGAUGUGGGGGUGUGGGAGGUGUGGGGGAUGUGGGGAUGUGGGGGUGUGGGAGGUGUGGGGGAUGUGGGGGUGUGGGAGGUGUGGGGGAUGUGGGGGUGUGGGAGGUGUGGGGGAUGUGGGGGUGUGGGAGGUGUGGGGGAUGUGGGGGUGUGGGAGGUGUGGGGGAUGUGGGGGUGUGGGAGGUGCCACGUGGAUUAGAGCAUCGCACCCCGCCCCGCCGGCACAGCCCCUUGAAGCCCUCUCUCUCUGUUCCUUACUGCCCUGCCCCAUACACCGCCCCGUGUGAAGCCCCCUGCUUCCCCACCGCCUGCUCACAUCCUUCAACUCAACAUGCUCUGCGCCCUCUCCUCCCCUCCUUGUCUGCGCCGCCCUACCCUGGGUGCCCCGUGUGUGUGCUGCGUGUGCCCUUUGCACCCGCCACCCACCUACGCCAUCACCAGACGACCACGUGUCAUGGCACGCAGGCCAGCACGGGUAGCACGGGUAGCAUGGGCAGCAAAGGCAGCAAGGGCAGGGAUGGUGGAGGGAAGAGUAGGGGAGGCGUGGUGGCGCGGGCUGCUGAGUGGCUGUGGGGGGCAACAGGUGCGGGGGAUGCGAGGGUCGUGGGAGGGGAAGCGGUGAUGGGUGUGGGGGAAAGGGAAGGUGGCAUGGGCGGGGGAGAGAUGCAUGCUCACACCAGUGCUGCUUCUUGUGGUAAGGAGGCGUGUGGAGGAGUGGCAGGAGCGGAUGGAGGGUCAAGGGCGCAGAGCAGCACGUGCAGUAGCGCACACACAGAUAUCACCAGCCAAGGCAGCAGCAACAGCAGCAGUAAUGGCGACGAGCCUAUUGCCCCGUGGCAGGGCAGGCAGGCAGCAGCGGUGGCAGCAGUGCUGCACGUGCUUCUGCUGCUGGUGCAGCGCUGCCCGGCAGGUGGCAGGGAGGUGAAAAGGGAGCUGCUGCGCAGGCCAACACAGCUGUCAGGUGGCAGGGGGCGCAUGGCGCAGCUGGUGGUCAUGGCCCUGCCGCUGCCGCAUGGGGCACACAUGGAUGGUUCUGCUGCUGCUGUUUCGGAAGCAGCGUUGAGCCUUCUCAAUGCCAUGGGUGAGUGGGCCAUGCGUCUGCUUUCUAUUCUUAUGCUGUCUAGCCACCCAUCGUUCGCUGCUGCCACUCGAUGCACGACACCCUCCGCCACCACUGCAGCAUCACCUCUCACCCUCCUCCUCACCUUUGCCCUGCAAGCAGCCCACACACCCCUCCCCCUGACCCCCUGCCACUGCCCCCACCCGCCCUCCCUCCGCCUCAUCUCAUCCUCCUCUUCGCCCGCCACCUCAGCACGUGAUGACUCAGCAGCCAGCCACGUGGCAGCAUCUGCCUGGCAGACCGCAGCGAGCCUCCUGCGCUGGCCGGGCGGCCAUCAUGACCCGGCUGUACUGCGGGCGGCGGGCUUGUCUGCAUCUGCGUUGAUGCAUGCACUGCUGGGUGGCGGGGUGGAUGGACGGCCAGGAUGCUCCCAGAACAGCAGUGAAGAGCAGAUGGGAAAUGGGGGAGGUGAUGGCAGGGCGGGUGGAGGGAAGGAGCAGGUGGGAGGGUCGCAGGUCGUCAUGGCUGCAGCGUGGGAGGCGGUGAGGUGGAGGGCAGCAUUCUGCCACGUGGCAGUGUGUGAUUCGGGGGAUGGUGUGACUCUAGUGAAGGCGAAGGAGGCUGGAAGGGUGUGGGGGAAGGCAGGCGAGAGCGUGGAGAGCAGGGGAGGUGCGGGCAGUGGCGGCGGUGGGGGGCGAGGACGGGGAGGGAGGGCAGGGGGAGCGGAUGGGCAUGCAGGCAUGGAGGCGGUAGCAGCAUUGGCAUGCGCUCACCUCCUCACGCUGCUCACUCCCUCCUCUCACGCCACGUCCUGCCCUGCUGCUGCCAGCGCCUCACCAUCGCCCGCACCCAUCACCCCCCUCCACCCCUCCACGGCACACGCCCUGCUCUCCGCGCUGCUCGCGCUGCUCUCCUCGCCCUGUCCCGCCCUCGCCUCUCUCUCCCGCACCGCCCUCUCUCAAGCACUCUCACCACCCUCCCUCUGCCCUCCCGUGUCAUGUGAGGCGCGCGCCGCAGGGGAGGGCAGGAGGGAGGUUGGUGAGCGUGCAGCAAGCGGUGGUGCGCCUGGUACCCACCACGGUGACCGUAUGGCGGCAGGAGAUGCAGGUAGCAGCAGCACCAGCGGCAGCAGUAGCAGCAGCAGCAGUGGGGGAUGCACCCCAGAGGGCAGGUCAUGGGAGGGCGGGCACGAGCCCAGCAUGAGGGCCCUCGCAGCCUCUGCAGUGCGCCAGGCCGCCCUAGCUUGCCGCCUCUGCUCGCGCCCACCCACUCGUCACUCCUCUACACCACUGCUCACCACUGACACGCCACGGCAGGAGGUGGAAGCUGCGACGAAGCUGCUGCUGGUGGCAGCGCUGGCGUGUGACGGGCGGGGAGGGGAGGCGGUGCAGGCAGAGGGGGGCGUGCCGGCCGUGGGACUGGUGGUGGCGGCCCGCGUGGCCCUGUGGACCAAGGGGGGCGCAGGGGAGGGGGACGGGCAGGAGGAGGGGGAGCGGGAAAAAGGGGAGGUGAGGAGCCUCAUCCCCUCGCUCACUCGUCUCCUCCAUCCCGCAUCGCCUGCCGGUCUGCGCUGCCUUGCUGCCCGAUGCAUCUCGCUUUGCCACUCCCUGCCCCACCCUCCCCCACCCUCCGCUGCACUGCCUGCUGCUGCCAAACAGCCCUCUCAGCAGCAGCCCUCUCAUCGCCCUCCGUCUCACCACGCGCCCGCCACACACAGUGAGACACCCCCCCUGGGAGUGCCCUCUGCUGUCGCCCGUGACAUCCGCUCUGCUCUCACCUGCCUCUCCCCUUCCUCCUCGUCCGCCUCCUCUCCCAUUCAUGCAUCACACACUCACUUCACCCGGCUCUCGACCUCCCCUGCAAGCCCCAAGGCGCAAGUGGCGUUCGUCCUCACGCACCCCUCUGCACCCACCUCCACCGCUGCCGCCUCCCCACUGCGAGUGGUGGCACAUGCAGCAAUCAUCGCUGCCCGCUGCCCCGCCCUCCUCUCGCCCCUCACCGCGCCCUCUGCCCCUGCCCGCGCCUCCAUCGCUGGGCACCCUCAUAGCAACCGCUCUCUUCUCGAUAAGGGAAAGGAUGAGGGGGUGAGUGGCCAAGGCAUGGCAAGGGGGGGAGGGGAGGGGGCGGAGGGAGAGGGGGGGGUGGUGAGGGAGGUGCGGCUGGGGAAGGGUGUGAGUGGCGAGACGUUCAGUCAGCUCUUGGAGUAUAUUUACACGGGACAGGUGUCGCUCUCUCAUUCGCUGUCCAAGGAUCUGCUGCAGCUGGCUAAGAAGUGCCGCUUGGAUGGGUUCGUUGCACUCCUCCGCUGUGAUUGGCCGAUCUGGGGCCGCGAUGAUGCGAUGGGGUGUGAUCUGACGUCAGCACUUGGUCCAGCUGGGCUGCCUUGGAGCGACAUUGUGCUCUGUGUGCCGUGCGCCCGCCAUGCUCCCCUCUCCCCCGCGCACCAACCGCCUGCAAGCCCCAGCAGCAGUGGGGAAGAGGCGCAGCAUGAGGCCUCUCAGCACGAGGUGCAUCUGCCACCGCUGCCCCUACCAGCGCUCAUCGCUCUCCUGCGCUUCCUCUACUCCGCCCGCGUCUCCUUCCUCCCCCUCCCCCUCUCUUCCCAUGCCGCCCUCACACCCACCAACCUCAAUCACCCAACCCCCACCACUGCUGCUGCGAGCCCUAGCUGGCAUCACAGCGCCCCUGUGUCGCUCUCCUCUGUGCGCCUGCCCCCGCUCUCGCUCACCACGCGCCUGCUCUCUGCAGUGCACCUCGCAUCGCUCGCCCACCAGUGGAUGCUGCCCGCGCUGCACCAUGCUGCCUUGUGCUACGUGGCAGCACGCCUGCGUGCCACCUGGCAUGACCCAGUCAGCGGAGGGCCCUGUGAGAGUGCUGUUGACUGCACCGAUGGCAGCAGCACGGGCAGCAGCACCACCACUGGCACGGAUUGGGCCCCGGAAGUCCCAGUGGCACCAUGGGCAGCAGCGGAGGCGGUGGUGUGGGCGGCAUGGGCGGCGGGGCAGUGGGAGAUGGUGGGGGAGGCGGUGAGCAGCCUGGCGCCAUGGUACCCCGCCAUGCGCCGCACUGCCUGCCUGCACCGCCUGCCAGCGCAGGUGCAGAGCGCUGUCAGGGAGGCGCACGUGCGCUUGCUCACCGCACGCCCUUGA